AUGGGGAAGGGAACUGGAAAGGAUGGGGGCAGCUCAUCCAUCAGUGUGUGGAAAAAGGAACUCGGGCCGAAGUUAGAGGAUGUGUUUCUAAGAACCAGCUUAGAGCGUGCAAAGAAUGGGGAAGGAAACAAGCCAAUGAGUGUCCACCCCAACGGGGUGAUCAACCGCGGAACCCCCCUCGAUGGUAAUAAUGGUAGUAGUGGCAGUGAUAGUAUGACCACCCUGGAGGGAGGAGAAAGACGGGUGAGCCGCAGAUUUACCAAUUUCGUAUGCAGAGACGAAUUCAUAUUCGACGCAAACAUUACGUGCUUCCCAAACUACAUGCACAAGUCCUCCCUAAGCAUAAAAAAAAAAAUAGACGUCUGUGAUCUGAUCAUUGAAGUGAGAGACGCCAGGCUACCCUUCACUAGCACGAACGACUUCAUCAUGGAGAGCAUAGAAAAAAAGAGCAAAGACAAAAAACGCAUCAUUAUUCUGAACAAAGCAGAUUUAAUCCCCAAGAAAGUAGCCCUAAAUGCAAAAAGCAUAAUAGAGGAAAAGACAAAACAUAUGUGCCUGUUGACGUCAGCCAAAUUUAAUAAAAGCAUCUCUAAAAUUAGGGACCUGUGUAGAGAAAUGAAGCCCCAAUUUAGGAGCCUCGGAUUAUUUACCUUACUAGUGGGAUUACCCAACGUUGGCAAGUCCAGCAUUAUUAACUCCUUUAAGGAUGUGACGCAUAAUUUAGCCAAGUAUGGACAUAAAAAUAACAAGAUCGCCUUCGAAGUGAAUAGGAAGAGAGCCAAGACGAACGUCCUUGCGGGGACUACUCAGAUGGUCGACACGUAUAAGGUUUCAAACAACCCCCUGCUCUACUUUAUUGACACCCCGGGGAUUUAUUUACCCAAAAUGGAAGACAAAGAAAUUAGCCUCAAGUUAUGUGCCAUAGGAAAUGCCCUCGAAUACAAGUACGACCACAUGUAUGUAGGAGACUACAUUUUGUAUACUCUAAAUAAGAGGAUGAAUUUUAACUACGUUAAGAUUAUCGGCUUGGAAGAACCAACCAAUGAUAUUCGUUUUGUCUGCAAUGUUAUUGCAACCAAGUUGAACCUGUGUAGGAAUUAUAAGUACCUAGACAUGAAUGGUGGCUGCCGUUAUUUUAUAGAUAUGUUUCGCUUGGGGCUGUUUGGGCGCAUUUGCCUGGACAAUGUGCCCCGCUCUACAGACGACUUUGUCACCUACUUUGACUUCAAUUCUGCGGAACCUCCCGCCGUCGACGCGUGUGCGGGACCCGCGCCAUUCCGCGGACUACUAUAG